AUGCGAUUCGAAUUGUGUUAUCUGGUUGCACUUGGUUACUUUGGUGUCUUGGGGAGUACCAUUCCUGAAGUGGAAAAUGCUCGGCAGUUGUACGAAGAGUUCAAGCUGAAGUACCAGAAGUCGUAUUCAAAUGACGACGACGAAUAUAGAUUCAGAGUUUUCAGGGAUAACCUAUUGCGCAUAAAGCAAUUUCAGAACAUGGAGCGGGGAACGGCAAAGUACGGUGUGACUCAGUUUUCUGACCUCACAGCUCAGGAGUUCAAGGUUAAGUACCUAAGAUCGGAAUUUGGUGGUGGUGUUCCCGUGGACAGGGAAUCGGUUCCAUUCACACAGACGGCUGUGAAUGACGACAACUUUGACUGGCGAAAUCGUGGUGCUGUUGGACCGGUAUUGGACCAAGGAGAUUGCGGAUCGUGCUGGGCAUUUUCUGCGGUUGGAAACAUCGAGGGUCAAUGGUUCCGUAGGACUGGUGAGCUCUUGAAGUUAAGCGAACAGCAACUCGUUGACUGCGAUGAGGUGGAUCAAGGUUGCGACGGCGGCACUCCUCCACUGGCUUUCAAGCAAGUUGUGGAAAUGGGCGGGUUGCAGCUGGACUCCGACUACCCAUAUGAGGAGAGUGAAGGACAGUGCAGAAUGGUGCCCUCAGAGUUCAAGGUAUACAUUAAUGGCUCAAAACUUCUGCCGGAAGAUGAGGAAGUUCAGGCUCAAAUGCUCAAGGAAAUCGGGCCUCUAAGCAGCGCUCUAAAUGGCAUUUUCCUGCAGUUUUACCAGGAAGGGAUUUUGCACCCCCUGCAACCCCUUUGCGAUGUACAAUCGUUAAACCAUGCUGUUCUAACUGUCGGCUACGGGAAAGAAGGCAGGCUUCCAUACUGGACGGUUAAAAACAGCUGGAGCUCCAUGUUUGGCGAAAAUGGUUAUUUCCGUAUAUACCGGGGAGAUGGUACCUGUGGAAUCAAUACCCUAGUUUCCACCUCGAUCAUCCUG